UUUACCGUUGUGCCCUUACAAUCUCAACUAACUCAGACAGAACAAAAAGACCUAAAGCCCUAAACUUUGGUUUCACUCGUUUGUCGGAAGUGUCUCGAAUCGCCGCCGUCCAUAAACCUCCGUCGUCUCGCCGCCGCGAAUUUUUGGCGAAGAGUCGACAAGAAUGGAGUACGUAAACCCUGAAGGUCUUAGAUUAGAUGGUCGCCGAUUCAAUGAGAUGAGGCAAAUCGUAGCUGAAGUUGGAGUGGUUUCCAGGGCUGACGGCUCUGCUGUUUUCGAGAUGGGUAAUACCAAAGUAAUUGCAGCUGUUUAUGGCCCUAGAGAGAUUCAGAACAAGAGCCAACAAAAGAAUGGUCAUGCAUUGGUGCUGUGUGAGUAUAGUAUGGCUCAUUUUAGUACUGGUGAUCGUAGGAGACAGAAAAACGACAGGCGAUCAACAGAGUUAUCUCUUGUCAUCCGUCAGACAAUGGAAGCUUGCAUAUUAACCGAACUGUUGCCUCAUUCUCAGAUUGACAUCUUCCUUCAAGUUCUACAAGCUGAUGGAGGAACAAGAUCAGCUUGUAUCAAUGCUGCCACUCUAGCUCUUGCAGACGCUGGAAUACCGAUGCGCGAUCUUGCUGUUUCCUGCAGUGCUGGAUACUUGAACAGUACUCCACUUCUUGAUCUUAACUAUGUCGAAGAUAGCGCCGGAGGAGCUGAUGUUACCGUAGGCAUUCUACCUAAACUAGACAAAGUGACACUCCUUCAGAUGGAUGCAAAGUUACCGAUGGAAACAUUUGAAACUGUGUUUGCAUUGGCUUCUGAAGGCUGCAAGGCGAUUGCUGAAAGAGUACGCGAGGUACUUCAAGAAAACACCAAACAGCUAGAGUAUCGUCGUGCUGCAUAAACUUCAGAACUAGAGAAAGAAACUAAGAGAUGUCCCAAGCUUUUUUGUCAAUGACUUUGUUAAAUGUUGCUGCUAAUUUUUCCCAAACUCAAAAGUCGAAGUUCGUAAUGCAACAGUCUAGCUAGAUUGAACACACAAUGGUCUCAUAUAUUCAUAUAUCAGAGAAUCUCUAAGAGCAAUCUUAUUUUC